ACUUUUUUUAUGUUCUUCGUUUCUCUAUCAGGUUCAGAAGCUGCGAACAAAAAGACUUGAACUUGAGAAACAUACAAAGAUACAUAACACACAUAUAUACAGGUAUAGAUACACACACACACACACACUCAACCCCCAUCUUCAUGUUCUUGUUUCUCUGUGUUCCGUAGUUGAUGCGCUUUGAUUUGAUACAUUACUCACUGAAGCUUUGGGUUUAGUGUUAAUGCAAUGCGACUUUUCUCUCUCGAAAUAUGGGUUUCCCAGCACCAAUUUUUCGAGGUCUCAUUUACCCAAUUCCAACUAUUUACACAGUCUCAAGACCAUUGUGGGUUUCUCUAUGUUCUUGUUCAUCAUUUUGUGCUGCUUUGAACGUUAUUAGAGAACCAAAACAGCUAUCUACUGAUUCGGCUUUGGAUGAUUUCGAAAACCCACAAUUUCAGCUUCACAUUGGGUUUGAGGAAAUACCGACAAGGUCGUCGUCUACUCCUGAUUGGCCUGAAAGAAAUGCGAGAAAUAGAAUGGAGAGGCUUAAAGGGUAUUCGGAAAAGCUCGGAGAAUGUGCUUUGAAAGCGUCUUUGAAUGAAGGGAAGGCAAUUCAUGGUCAGGUCAUCAAGAAUGGGAUAGACCCAGAUAUGCACUUGUGGGUUUCAUUGAUUAAUUUCUAUGCGAAAUGUCAUGUUUUUAAUUUUGCGCGUCAGGUGCUUGAUGAAAUGCCUGAACGGGAUGUCGUGUCUUGGACAGCUCUGAUUUCUGGGCUUGUGGCUGAUGGGUAUGGAAAUGAUUGUAUUCCUUUGUUUUCUGAGAUGCGGAAUGAGGGUAUUAGACCAAACGAGUUUAGCUUAGCAACUUGCUUGAAAGCUGGUUCCAUUUGCUUGGACUUACAGUUUGGGAAACAGGUACAUGCAGAGGUAAUUAAGCUUGGGUUUUUCUCAGAUAUUUAUGUCGGGUCUGCUCUUGUUGACCUUUUUGCAAAAUGUGGUGAGAUGGAAUGUGCAGAUAAAGUGUUCUUUUGCUUGCCCAAGCAAAAUGAUGUGUCGUGGAAUGCAUUGCUUAAUGGAUAUGCUCAGAUGGGCGAUGAGGAAAAUGUUUUGAAAAUGUUUUGUGGGAUGAUGAAGUCGAAAAUGAAGUUUAGCAAGUUUACUUUGUCUACUGCCCUCAAGGGUUUUGCCAAUUCUGGGAAUUUGGGAGCUGGCAGGGUUGUGCACUCUAUGGCAAUCAAGAUUGGGUGUGAACUUGAUGAAUUUGUAAGUUGUACUCUUGUAGAUAUGUACUCCAAGUGUGAGUUGGCGGAUGAUGCACUCAAAGUAUUUAUGAGGAUAAAAAAUCCUCACAAAGUGGCUUGGGCUGCAAUGAUUGCUUGUUUUGAUCAGCAAGGGCAGAAACUAGAAGCAGCAAAGCUAUUUCACUUGAUGAGGAAGACUGGUUUGAGACCAAAUCAAUUUACCCUUGCUAGUAUAGUUAGAACUGCCAUCGAUUUCACCCCACAUUAUGGUGAAAGCAUUCAUGCUUGUGUAUACAAAUAUGGUUUUGAAUAUGAAAUUUUACUCCGCAAUGCGUUGAUCACAAUGUACAUGAAAAUUGGAUCUGUAGAUGAUGGUUUCCGGGUUUUUGAUACAAUGACUGAUAGAGAUGUAGUUUCAUGGAAUGCCCUCUUAUCAGGAUUCCAUGACAAUGAAUCCUUUGAUCAAGGACCAAAGAUCUUCAACCAGAUGCUUGUGGAAGGUUUCAAGCCUGACAUUUACACAUUUAUCAGCAUUCUGAGGUGUUGUUCGAGCCUUUGGAAUGCCAGUUUUGGGAAACAAGUGCAUGCCCAUAUUAUUAAAGAGAGCCUCAAUGGUCAUAGUCAUGUGGGAACUGCUCUCAUUAGCAUGUAUACAAACAGUGGGUGCUUGGAAGAUGCAGGUGUAAUCUUCAAUAGACUGCACAAGAAAGACCUUUUAACAUGGACAGUGAUCUGUUCUGGUUAUGCACAGAACGAUGAAGGUGACAAGGUUGUUAAUUGCUUCAAUCAGAUGCGACAAGAAGGUUUGAAACCCAAUGAAUUCACUCUGUCAAGUUGCUUGGGUGGUUGCUCCAAUUUAGCAACUUUAGAAACUGGGAAGCAGUUCCAUUCCUUGGCUUUAAAGGUUGGAGUUUCAGGAGGUACAUAUGUUGCUAGUGCGCUUGUUGACAUGUAUGUAAAAUGUAGGUCCAUAGAAGAUGCUGAGACUAUCUUCAAAGAUAUGAUUGAAAGGAAUCCAGUCUCGUGGAACACUAUCAUAUGUGGAUAUUCACAACACGGGAAAGGAGAGAAGGCUCUUCAAGCAUUUCAAUUGAUGUUAGAUGAAGGCUGUGUGCCCGAUGAGGUUACUUUCAUAGGCAUACUAUCUGCGUGUAGUCAUAAGGGUUUGGUUGAAGAAGGGAAAAAGCAUUUUGACUCACUAAACAAAGUUUAUGGAAUUACUCCUGCAAUUGAGCACCAUGCUUGCAUGGUCAAUAUCCUUUCUCGGGCAGGCAAGUUUCAUGAGGUUGAGAACUUCAUUGAGGAGAUGAAGCUUACCCGGAACACUCUUAUCUGGGAAACGGUUCUUUGGGCUAGUAAAUUGCAUGGAAAUGUAGAAUUUGGUCAAAAAGCUGCAGAGAAACUUUUUGAGCUUGAACCUGAAAUGGACUAUAAUUAUAUAUUGUUAUCUGACAUAUUUGCAACCAAAGGAAGAUGGGAUGAUGUUGCAAAGGUUAGGGCAUUGAUGUCCAAUCGGGGAAUUAAAAAGGAACCAGGGUGUAGCUGGGUUAAGAUUGAUUCUCAAGCCCACAUCUUCUUUGCUCAAGAUGGUUCAGAUCUGAAGAUAAAGGAAAUAUGUCUACAGAUGGGGGCACUGACUUGAUAAAAAGUUGAAUUUUGCACAAAUUCGAGGAUAUAUUAAGCUUGAGUAUUUUGUGAGGUGAUGUUACUUUGCUUUAAUCCUUCAAAGGCCAAUGCUAACAAAACCUGAGUGCUGCCAACAAAACAUUCUAGUCAAUGGUAAAUGCUCUUAUGGGUGAAGCAUUGUCAUGGGGUGGUCUAUAAUUUCAUAACUGCUCCUCUUACUACAGGACGCUUACAGAGCCAACACUUGGAUCCAGCUCUAUCUAAAAAGAGAUUCAACGAUUGAUUCUUUGGGAUCCUUCCUUUCUUCAAAUAGAACGAACAAAGAUAAGAUCAGACCGAUUCCUGAAUUGCAGCUCCCUCAUGGGUAUGCAACAAGAUGUACAUCCCAUAUGAAUGAAGUGAGCCAUUGAAGGCUAUAUUCUCCUGAAUUAUGAGUCUUAUAUUAAAUUGUUCUAGAGUGACAUGGCAAGUGAUUUUAAGUGCAUUUUAGCAUUUAUCAUAUGUAAAAUGAAAUAUUACCGCAUAAAGUCAAAUAAGAACUUGCCAUGUCAUGCUGCAGAGAACUAAUCCCAUGUAACAAGUCUACGGGUACAAAAGUCAAACACGUAAUUGGACACUGAAAAUAAUAAAUGGAAGAGAUGUUUGAGAAGUGUGCUCCACUAAUAAAUCUUGUAAGAUCUGAUUCAUAUGUGUUUGUUUCUGUAUUCCAAGUAUUGUUGAAUUCUAUAUCCAACCUCAAAUCAGAUUUUUCUUGCCUUUGAAAUAGGGGAAUGAGAUUGCUGUUAUCCUUAAAACACAACCACUUUCUUCAUUGUUGGUCAUUGGCUGUAACCAGUGAGGUUCUCAAUUCCAUGAGUUCAAAGAUGUUAGAGCUGAACUUGAUGAUUGUGAAGAUGGUUUUUGAGAGCUUUGGAAUGGAAAAAUACUAUGAAUUGCAUGCAGAGAACAACAGUGGCACUCUUCGCAUGAUCAAGUACAAGGUUGUUCCUCCCAUCACCGACUCGCCCACUGUUGGUGUUCCCUCCCACACUGAAAAAUUUCUUGACCAUUUUGUGUCAAAAUGAAGUGCUAGUUCUUGAGCUUCAAUCUAAAGAAGGCAAUUGGGAUCAAGUCAUGAUUCCAAUGGGAUCCUUCAUUGUCUUUGUGGGUAAUUCGCAUAAGGCUCCUAACAAAUAUGAGAUUGAAAUUGGUGCUAGGCAUGGAAAUGGAAAGCCUUCACGCACCGAAACACAGGGUGAUGAUGAGUGGCAAUGAAGUUAGGUAUUCUGUUUUUGCUCCCAAAGGAAGAGGUAGCCAUUGAAGUCCCUCAAGAGCUUGUCUACAAAGACCAUCCUCUGAUCUACAAGCCUUUCCAUCACUCAGAUUACAUUUCAUUCUUCUCUUCCAACCAUGGCGUCGAAGAUCCAAUCGAAUAAUACACGAGUGCUUGAUCUAUCUAUCUAUCUGUCUAACUAUCAAGAAUUGGUGUGUUUGUAAUAAGGUUCUGAUCAUUCUCUCAUUUUGUGUGUUGAGUGUUGUGUCAUACUAACUUUGGAACUAUGUCAUGAAAGCAAUUAUCCUAUAUCUCUUUAUUAUCUAA